CAAAAUUCGAAGUGUUUGGCUUCGGUUUGUGUAGGAGCAAAGCAGAGCUCGAACCUAGAAGAAAAAUGAUGAACAUAACAGGAGCUUCAUCAAAGAUAUUGUUAAUGGCAACUAGGGAUUUCAUUCACUAUUCUCCUUCUCUUUCCACCAUUUCAUUAACCCGCUUUCGUACUCUCACAUAUGCAUCUUCUUCUUCAUCAUCAGAUUAUUAUACUGAUCGUCUGGUUUCAAAUCCACCUGAUUUGAUUGGAUGGGUUAGAAAAGAAGGGGGGUUUGUUCAUAAAGGGUUGAAAUUAGUUGAUGAGGAAUCUAAUGGGGUUGGUUUAGUUUCUUCUGAAGAUAUACCUAAAGGGGCUGACUUAAUUUCUCUUCCUAGUCAUUUACCACUCCAGUUUCAAUCUUUGGAGUCUGGUGAUGGAGAUGGUGUUGAUUCUGUUUUGAUUCAAUUAUCUCGUCAAGUUCCUGAGGAACUAUGGGCUAUGAAACUGGGUUUGAAGCUUCUCCAAGAAAGAGCUACGGUUGGUUCGUUCUGGUGGCCAUACAUCAGUAAUCUGCCUCAAACGUACACUGUGCCUAUUUUCUUUCCAGGGGAAGACAUAAAAAACUUGCAGUAUGCUCCUCUUCUUUAUCAGGUCAAUAAGAGAUGCAGAUUUCUUCUUGAUUUUGAAAAGGACAUAAAACAUGCACUUGACAAUGUGAAACCAGAUGAUCAUCCUUUUGGCGGACAGGGUGUAGAUGCUUCUGCUCUUGGCUGGGCCAUGUCAGCAGUCUCAUCGCGUGCCUUCCGUUUGCAUGGCGCAAGGCUGCCAGACGGCGCUCAUAGUUCGAUACCAAUGAUGCUUCCACUCAUUGAUAUGUGCAACCACAGCUUCCAACCAAAUGCUAAAAUAUUUCAAGAGGAAGAAACGAGAAACUCCAAAAUGUUAGUUAAGGUUAAAGCUGAAACUGAUAUCAGACAAAAUGAUCCAGUGGUGCUUAAUUACGGGGGUUUGAGCAAUGAUUUUUUCCUCAUAGAUUACGGUUUUGUAGUCCCCUCAAAUCCGUAUGACACUAUCGAACUCAAGUAUGAUGGGGCCUUUCUGGAUGCCGCGAGCAUGGCUGUUGGGAUCACGUCCCCUAACUUCUCUGCACCCAAGCCAUGGCAGCAACAGAUUCUAUCGCAGUUAAAAUUACAUGGAGAAGCUUCCGAUCUAAAGGUAAGCUUAGGAGGUCCAGAAUUGGUAGAAGGUCGUUUGCUGGCUGCAUUGAGAGUGCUUCUUGCAACUGACGUUGAAACAGUUGAAAAACACGAUUUAAAUACUCUAAAAUCGUUGUCUGUCGAAGCUCCUCUUGGGAUAUCAAAUGAAGUAGCUACUCUGCGUACAGUUAUUGCUUUGUGCCUAAUUGCCUUGGAGCACUUCCCAACCAAGAUAAUGGAGGAUGAAGCAUUACUAAAAAAAUCAGCUUCUCCCUCGACAAAUUUGUCACUCCAAUUAAGGAUCCAAAAGAAAUCCUUGAUCAUAGAUGUCAUGAGAAAUCUUACUCGACGAGUGAAAAAUCUGUCAUCAACUGCCACAACAAACCAAGAUUGAAGUACUUCAUAGUAGUGAAAGAAAAGUCUUAUGAUAAUUUACAAAAUGCAUGCAACAUGUGUUGCUCUAUUUGGUUAUUUCCAUGGUUCUUAGAAUAAACUUUAGUUUCAAGGCUGUAGUCUGCUCUUCUGAUGGACUCUGACAUUGUGGUGUGAUACUUUUUUAUGCUCUUUUCGAGGGGAUGCUAGCUGAAUAAUAUUACGGUAUCCAGUUUGUGAUUUUUUUGC